AUGGCUCUCAAACGAAUUCAAAAGGAACUUGGUGAAUUGAAUAGAAAUCCACCGACAGGUAUUAGCGCUGGUCCAAGUGAUGAGAAAGACUUAUUCGAAUGGACAGGGACAAUCUUAGGGCCUCCAAAGAGUCCUUAUAAAGGAGGAAUUUUUCGGCUCAAGAUCGAAUUUUCCCAGGAUUAUCCAUUUAAACCUCCAUCAGUCAAAUUUAUUACCAGAAUAUACCAUCCAAACAUUGACGAUGACGGAUCCAUCUGUGUCAACUUGUUGAAAACUGAUGUAUGGAAGCCUGCUACCAAGAUUUCUCAAGUUCUCGAGGCAAUCUCGAAUCUUCUCGAAAAUCCAAACCCUGAUGACGCGCUCGUAGCUUCUGUGGCCGAAGUUUAUAAUACCGACAGACAAAAAUUUAUCAAGACAGCUAAAGAUUUUGUGAAAAAG